AUGGCUCCACAUAGGCAACAAAGCCCCUCAAGCCAAAGAUUUGUUGUAGCAAAGUCAAGACAUCUUGAAAUCUUUGAAGAACAACUUGCAGAUUGCUCAGAAUCAGCAGAAAUAUACGCUGAUCAACGACGCGUUGAACGCUCUUUUGAGGUUGGAGAUAUGGUUUAUCUUCGACUACAGCCAUACAGACAGUCUAAUCCCAAAAAGAGUGGAGCCGAGAAGCUCAAGCCUCGUUUCUAUAGGCCAUUCCAAGUCAUCAGAAAGGUUGGAGUAGUAGCUUAUGAGUUGGAGCUACCUUCGAGUAGUAAAGUGCACAAUGUCUUCCACGUGUCUCGCCUCAAGAAGGCACUUGGACAUAAUGUUAUUGCUUCUUCACAAUUACCACCUUUGGACGAAGAAGGGCAGUUGAUUUUGAUUCUAGAGGAGAUUAUUGAUUCCAGAGAGCGUUCUUUAAGAAGAAGGACAAUCAAGGAAUACUUGGUGAGGUGGAAGAAUUUGCCCUUGGAGGAUGCAACUUGGGAGAAUAAGGAGAUUUUGCGAGAAGAAUCCGCAUUCUUGCCUGGCGUCACUGCUGGGAAUUUCCUUGGGGUUCCUGAUAAAUAA